CGUCGGAGCCGCCGCGGAGAAGGGCGCUCGCGGCGCGUGGGAGCCGGGGCCGGAGAGACCCGGGGAGCAGGGAGCUCGCCCGUCGUCGUUGGCCGCCGCGAUGUCCGCUCAGUGCUGUGCGGGCCAGUUGGCCUGCUGCUGUGGGUCUGCGGGCUGCUCCCUCUGCUGUGGCUGCUGCCCCAAGGUCCGACAGUCCCGGAGCACCCGCUUCAUGUACACACUCUACUUCAUCCUCGUUGCCCUCCUCUGCUGCAUCAUGAUGUCUAAGACCGUGGCCAACGAGAUGAGGGAACACAUUCCUUUUUUUGAAGAUAUUUGCAAAGGCAUUAAAGCUGGCGACACCUGUGAGACGCUGGUGGGGUAUUCUGCGGUGUACAGAGUCUGUUUUGGAAUGGCCUGUUUCUUUUUUAUCUUCUGCCUACUGACCUUAAAAAUCGACAACAGCAAAAGCUGUAGAGCUCAUAUUCACAAUGGCUUUUGGUUCUUUAAACUGCUGCUGUUGGGAGCCAUGUGCUCAGGUGCUUUCUUCAUUCCGGACCAGGACACCUUUUUGAACGCCUGGCGUUACGUAGGAGCCGUUGGAGGCUUCAUCUUUAUAGGCAUCCAGCUCAUCCUGAUCGUGGAGUUUGCACACAAAUGGAACAAGAACUGGACUGCAGGCACAGCCACGAACAAGCUGUGGUACGCCUCUCUGGCCCUGGCGACGCUGAUCAUGUACUCCAUCGCCACCGGAGGCUUGAUUUUGAUGGCGGUGUUCUAUACACAGAAAGACCGUUGCAUGGAAAACAAAAUUCUGCUGGGAGUAAACGGAGGCCUGUGCCUGCUUAUUUCAGUGGUAGCCAUCUCGCCCUGUGUCCAAAACCGACAGCCGCACUCCGGGCUCCUGCAAUCAGGGCUCAUAAGCUGCUACGUCACGUACCUCACUUUCUCAGCCCUGUCCAGCAAGCCUGUGGAAGUAGUUCUAGAUGAACAUAGGAAGAAUGUUACCAUCUGUAUUCCCGACUUUGGUCAAGACCUGUAUAGAGAUGAAAACUUGGUUACCGGACUGGGUACUGUGCUCCUGUUUGGAUGCAUCUUAUAUUCAUGUUUGACAUCAACAACGAGAUCGAGUUCUGAUGCCCUGCAGGGGCGGUACGCAGCUCCUGAACUGGAAGUAGCUCGGUGUUGUUUUUGCUUUGGUCCCAAUGAAGAUGGCUCUGAAGAGCAGCAGAAUGUGAAAGAGGGACCCCGCGUGAUUUCUGACGAGAAGAAAGGCACCGUGUACAGCUACUCCUACUUCCACUUCGUGUUCUUCUUGGCUUCCCUCUAUGUGAUGAUGACCGUUACCAACUGGUUCAACUAUGAAAGUGCCAACAUUGAAACCUUCUUCAGCGGGAGCUGGUCCAUCUUCUGGGUCAAGACGGCCUCCUGCUGGAUGUGUGUGCUCUUGUACCUGUGGACGCUGGUCGCUCCCCUCUGCUGUCCCACCCGGCAGUUCUCUGUGUGAGGAAGUCAGCAAUGCCCUCAGCUUAGCCGGCCUGAAGGCCAGAAGUACUGUCCUUUGUGCACGUGAGCAGAUGUGACCAGUGACUGGCACCCUGCAAGAAGGUGACAUCUCCUGGCUGGCUUGAGGGGAUCCGAAGUAGCUUUUGGAAAAAUGUCUCUUGAUUCCCUUUCUAAUUGUGAAAUUCAAAAAGAAACUACCAGUGUGUCCCAAAGGAAUUGGAGUUUUCGACCAAACUGUUAUCAUGGGUGAUAGAUCUUUUUUUAAUAUGUCUUCCUCCUAGAAACUCAAUAUAAUUUUUCUUCUGCAUGUUUUUACCAAAACACUGUGGCACACAACUUCUCUUCACAAGGAUAAAAACUAUCCUUUUAUGACCUGUCAUUCUUAUCCUUGAAACAGAAAAAGAGCCAAACUCUGGAGCCUUAGCCCCAGACGACCAAAUCCAGACCUCUCUUACUCACUUUCCCCUCUUGGCACCUCAUUCUCAGAACACUCUGAGAGUGGCCUUGGCCUGUGGGGCCUCUGCAGGCAGCUCCCUGGUAUUUAUAGGGUUCCAGAGGAAGCAGCUGCUCUUAACCUCCACCGUCAGUGCUGCUUCCUCAUGGCCCCAAACAUUUCCCUUUCAGGUUGUGAUGCUGGAAAUCACAGACUUCACUCUGCCCUGGCCCUUCCCAGAGGUCCCCUCAUCUUUUCUGGGUUCAGCAUGUUUGGCUAAUGUGAAAAGCACAAUCCGUCCCCCACUUUACUGUCACUGUCUGAUCCAGCUUCCUGCAAUACGUGUGGCACUCACUUGGUAUUCACGUGACUAUAGAACUACAUCCAUGUUGUCUUCUUUGCCCAAGUGAUGGCGGGCUUCCGUUCACACUCGUUUGCGCUGUCCGAACGACGAUACUUCAAGGACCUUCACUGACAAGUUGCUUAUUGACCGAAGCCUGCUGCACCCCUUUCAGUUGUGAAGGUCAACUGCUCAGUGUCGCCUUCGCCUGAGGCCUUUGAAAUUAUGAAGCACAGAACUUUUGUUUUCCAGAUCAUGUUAAUGUCCUUUAUGGUUUCCUCUGGUAGAUUCGCAGAGGUGAGGAUUUCUUGAAGAAAGGACCCCAAAUAGCACCUCAGAAGGGCUGACCAGAGGAAACCUGUUAGACAAGUUAUGGAAGUGCCCAAGUUUACUUAGGAGAAAAGGCAGGGAGCUUAGAGUAUUAAGCCAUAAACAUCCACAGAAGUGUCCAGAAUGGAUGGUAGUAAAGGAAUACUUAUAAGAGACAUAACUAUUUUCACUAUUUUCAGUGUUGAUGUUCCCAGUUAGGGAAGAGUUUACUUGGUGGAAAAUCCACUGAAGUCACCGGGAGAGAUGUAGGGUGGAAAGAAUCUUGAGGUCCCCAGAAAGUCUGAGAAUAAAAACGUGGCUUAGACGU